AUGCCAUCGACCAUGGACAACGUACCCGAUGAGACCUACCUCGCCAUACUAAGACUGGUAUCAGUUUUCGACAGAACGAGGCUGCGACAACUCAAUCGACGUACAAAGAACGUCUUAGACGAGGACGGUGAACAUAUUCUACAGGUAGAAGUCGCUAAGAAAGGGCUUAUGCCUCAAUACGGUUCCGAGACCGCACCCCUCCAUCACCGAAGGACGACGCUGGCACAGCACACCGGCCAGUCCCAGCAUGGUGCAACCGCUCAAGUACUCGCCCUCACAACAAAAGACGUUCACAUAACUCAGUACAAGGCGCGGCAAGGGAUAUUGUCGUGCAUAGUGCAGCCUUCCACCAAGGGCCGCGCGAACACCUCUUCGUUACUACUAUACAAACUGAUCGCGGUCGCGGGCGGUUCCACGAGCCACACACCUUUUCUGCGGAUCGACACAACGAACCGUCGUGUACACGAAUACCGUGUGGAUGUGGCCAACGAUCUACUGGUACUAUUCUACGAACGAACAGAUGAACCAGGUUGGAUGAUAGACGUCCUACAACUAUCAUCCGGGUUGCCGCAUCCUCUCGUAACGUCUACGACGACGUAUGAGUUAUUCACACCGGACCCCGUUGCAAGAGACAAGCCGUCGAGGAUCGACGUGUACGGGGAGCUUCUCAGUGUACGGAUAGUAACGUCAUCGGGCGAUACCAGGAUAGUUGUGCUCGACUGGACGGUCGGGAUCGAGAGCGCUUUCUACGCCUCCAACUUCAAACACAUAGCGGACGUCAUGGUUCUUACAGGGAAGCUCAUCCUCAUCCUUGACGAAGCCGGUAUACUGGAUUUGGUUUCCAUCCACCGAGACGAACACGGCAGGCUAGCUCUGGGGCAGUGUGGACAUCGCCUACGCAUGCCAGACGACCAACUACCCUACGGAUGCGGCUUCGUGAACGCAAGACUGUAUUACGACCACCACCGCACCAAACCCGCCGGUAACGGAUCAAACCCAUUCCUGUCGUCAGACCACUGGCUACAGGAUCCCGACGAAGGGCUGUAUGUUGUAUGUCUCGAAUUCGAAGAUAAAAAGGGUAGAGGUGGCCUGAUGACUAUCAUCGGUACACUUCAAGGCCUACGUCGAGUGGCGGCAGAGAACUUCGGAAAUCACGACAACGGUUCACCAUACCCUUCGCUGGCCAUAGCAGUUAACUCUGGACACCCACCAUUCGAUUGCGCGUUGCUGUGGAUGUCAUCGACGUGGGAUAGUUGGUGCAUUGAUAAUGCUAUCAUCGUCUCCGACCAAAUACCUCAACUACGCAGUAUCUGCAACGGAGUUGUAGCUGGACGAGCAGUAGAUUGGUACUAUGGCUACGGCAACCAAGGAGAACGUGCACUGCGUACUACACUCCGACAGGAGAGAAACCCUGCCGGAGAGAGUAACUUCAUACUUGGAGUCAGAGACACGACUCGACCGAUCUAUCUGCACCAAGGCGCGUGUAUCAUGUUACAGGCCGACGUUGGCUACGUAUACGUGAAAGUAAGCGUUACCAGCGACAAUCCCAUGCCCGAUUACUCACUCGAGAUGCUCCCUGGUGCAGAUAUUACCAGGCGGGCUGAGCGUAACGCGGAGGCUGCCCAAAGGCACCGUGAGCACGUGACGACCAUCCCGACCAAACCGUCUGCUCGUGCACGAAUGACGUCAUAG